CCCGUGGCGCAGGACGAUGACGUUUGCCGUGCGCGGAAUCCAUUGAGUGACCGGGAAGCGGCCGCAUCUUUGUCUUAGUCAUGUCUCGAGGAUCGAGUGCGGGGUUCGACCGGCACAUCACCAUCUUCUCACCCGAGGGGCGGCUCUACCAAGUGGAAUAUGCAUUUAAAGCUAUCAACCAAGGCGGCCUCACAUCGGUGGCGGUUCGGGGGAAAGAUUGCGCUAUUAUUGUUACACAGAAGAAAGUCCCUGACAAGCUGUUGGACAGCAGGACAGUGACCCAUUUGUUCCGGAUAACGGAAAACAUUGGCUGUGUGAUGACUGGAAUGACAGCGGACAGCAGAUCACAGGUGCAGAGAGCGCGGUAUGAGGCUGCUAACUGGAAAUACAAGUAUGGCUACGAGAUUCCGGUUGAUAUGCUCUGCAAACGAAUUGCUGAUAUCUCUCAGGUGUACACACAAAAUGCAGAAAUGAGGCCUUUGGGCUGCUGUAUGAUCCUAAUCGGUGUAGAUGAGGAACAUGGUGCCCAGGUUUAUAAAUGUGAUCCAGCUGGCUACUAUUGUGGUUUUAAAGCCACCACAGCUGGUGUGAAACAGACAGAGGCUACCAGCUUCCUAGAAAAGAAAGUGAAGAAGAAAUUUGAUUGGACGUUUGAACAGAGUAUUGAGACGGCCAUCUCUUGUCUGUCCACUGUGCUGUCCAUUGACUUCAAACCAUCUGAGCUUGAGAUCGGCGUGGUGACCCUUCAGGAUCCAAAAUUCAGAAUCCUCACAGAGGCAGAGAUUGACGUUCACCUUGUUGCAUUAGCAGAGCGGGAUUAGCAGAUCGCCAGCUGGCUGAUGUGUCUAAUGAAACAUUUGCCUGUUCUACCCACUUCAUUUUUCCUAUCCAUGUUCUAUCAUUCUCUCUGUAUGAAUAAAAAAGGUUUUUGAA